AUGUCGAAGUACUCUUGGGCUUUGGGUGUGGUGUGUGAGGUCAGCCAGUCGCUCCUGUUUGAGCCGGUCGGAGCUCUUAAAAGACUCGCCGCCUCUCGCUGGCUAGGUUUCAACGACCUGUUGGCCACAACCCGCUAUCAGUACGAAUGGCGAAUUGAGAUAAGAACCCAACUGUCCAGGUCUACGAGGCGCUGGGUGAUCAAUAUGGAACAGUGCAGCGCUAAAGAUCAACUUGAAACGCUUGGCGGAUCAUGUGAUGCCUUCCCCGGACUCUCACUCUCAAACGUCGCGUCCUUCCCAAGGCAAGCUUUCAAUCACUUCAAUCGUCUUUGUCCAGGCCAUUACCACGAGGAAAUGUCUGUCCCUAUGAACGCUUUCCGCGUCGCGACAGACGCUGUCCAAGCAACUGCCUUGACUUCUCGUAUCAUUUGCUUCCUUGCUUUCGCCACUGGCCUCUUCCAUGGCCCCCGAGACACAUAUCAAAUCGGCGGCUUGGUGGGCCAUAAAACUGUCGGGGAUAUCAUAGACGAGCUGUCAGAUGCUCACAUCAAGUUGAAUGGCCUUAGCCGCUCGAAUUCUGAUAACGAAGAUCUGCACAGACUUGUUAGGGAAAUCACAGAACUGUCAAGUCGGCUGUCAAACAUCAUCGCCGAGUUCAAAGAAGCAGAGCUAAACAGCCAGGAAGCAAUAUGGCCAGGCUUCCUUGAGGCUAGGAAAGCCAUUCAUCGUGACGAACAAGUGUUACAGUUUGAGAACGAUCUCCAUGGUUACCAAGAUCGCAUUAUCGCGAUGCUGACUUCUUUCGUCAGACCCAAAAUCGACAGACUGUUUAACUUGAUGUCUGACGCAAACGUCAAAACUGGGUAUAGUGAUAUCCAAAAUGUCGUCAAAUCGUUGAACGAAGGCCUCUCGGCUUGUGCUAGGGUGUAUGGGAACGUGCGGACCCAACAGCUUGUACGAGCGCAACAAGAAGAACUUUCCCGGAUCCGGAAAUUUCGCGUUUUGAACAUUCUCGAAUACGACAAGAUGCGACAUCGUCGGAAUGAGGUCCAGGAGCAGAUUGCCAGGAUUCAAGAGGAGCUGACGCCCUAUGGAGGGAUAUUUCCCUGGGCUUUUGGCGUCGAUGAAGAUGAGGUUGGUGAAGAGGAACAAAUGUUGAAGUACAGAACUAGAGAUGCUUUUGCGGACUGGCUUUCAUCAGAGGGUGGUACAUUUUACAUUUGGGGGAAGCCGGGAUCAGGGAAGACCAUCCUGAUGGAGUACUUGUUCAGUCAUCCUACAACGAUGAGGGAGCUCGAAGCGAGAUCCGAAUCGAAGAAAGUCAUCCGCCUUGCACACUUCUUCUCCACCCUGGUCGGAGGCGACCAGCAGACUCUCACUGGUCUCCGAAGAACACUGCUCCACGACUUGCUCGACCAGCACCCUGAGUUCCUUUCCGACUUAGGACUCUCUGAAGUCGAGUUGGACGACAAGUCGAUUACUCACUGGGGAGGUGCAAACGCCAGAAACGCAUUGAGCGCCGCACUCGAUGGCAUCAUUGAAAAAGCCGUCAAGUCUGGGACUUGUGUUUGCCUUUUCAUUGACGGCCUUGAUGAGAACCAAAAUCCCAACAAGCCAGGACAGGAUGACUUGAUCAUUCAACUCAAAGCAUGGCAAGACUUGGGCGUCAAGUUGUGCUUGGCUAGUCGAGAAGAUCCUCCCUUUGAACAUCUCCCAGCCCAGAAGGCUAUGACCCUGCAUCAACUCACGUAUUCCGAUAUGAAGCGUUCGAUCACUCAGUGGAUUCAUCAGUUGGAUAGCAUCAACCAAGAGACGGCUGAACUUCUUGAGAAGGAGAUGCCUGUCAAGUCAGGUGGCAACUUUCUCUGGCUUACGCUCGCCAUGAAGGAUGUUUGUAGAUGGUUAUCCGACCAGACCGAAGUGGAGCUCGCUCAACUCAUGUUGGGCGAUAUCUCACCAACAUUGGAUGGCGUUCUCUCAAAAGCACUUGACAACAUCGGAGAUGGCAAAUACGGAAAGAGGAAAAAAUCUUCCACUCUUUUGAUACUGCAUUUUCUGGAAAAGUAUCACCUUGACCUUGACUUGAUAGGGUACUCAUUUCUCGACGCCUACUUCAGGGACCCUCAUUUCACAGACAGACUUUACAAGUCGCGUCUAGAGAAUUUCAACGAGGCUGUCCAGAGUGCUCGUGCCGCCUCAGCUCGUCGUCGACUCAUGAGUCUUUGCGGAGGCUUUGUUGAAGCAAGUCGUGACUCUCGGCAGCUGAAGUACACACAUCGCUUGACCAGAGACUUUCUGCAGCGCGCCGAUGUUCAUCAACGCCUCGUGGACUUUUCCGAGGGUUGCAACAUUGGCGAUAUGGCAUCCAAUCUCAUCCUUGCCAGCAAAAUUCUCACUCUCACCGACGGUCAUACAAUUCCCCAUACUAUGGUACAGCAGCUGCUGCAGAUCCGCAUCGACAAAAGCUUGGAUAAGGAGCCUUACAUCUUCUUGAACAUCUUUGAGAGCCUCCCACUCCCAAUAGAUCUCCUGAAACCCCCUCGAAGCGAGAUCACCGAAGAAAACAGUGACGGGAGCCACUCGAAGGAUGAUUCGAAGGUAGCCAGUCUAGGACUCAAGUUGAUGGAAGCGCUGUACUGCUCGCCCUCUUGCAUCUUGACUCUCAGAGGCAUGUACGAGUACCCAUCCUGGAAGCUUCAAAACGACCCGACAUGUCUCAACACCGAAGAAGAGAUCUUUUAUAUGACUGAUCUCUUGAUCGCACGCGCCUUCUAUCGAAAGUUAGAGGAGCCAGACCUGAGAUUCAUCCGACUCUUCCUGCAAUCCAGACGACAAUUCUUUGAAGCUGGGAUUCGGUGCUGCGCCGCGCACUACAAACAGAAGCAAAGUAUCAUUCAACUCUACCUCAGCAAGGUUCUGGUGCGACAAACCCUCAAUCCAAGAUCUAUACCUCCCCCACUUUCGAAAGCAAACCAAAUAGCUAACAUCGGGCUGAUGAUCGAGCUACUCUUGCGUUCCGGUCUGGUCAACAAGCCGUGGUUCAAAAUCACAACCAUCACCACGCAAGGAAGGAAACAAGAGAUGACAUUCAGAGCUUGGAUCAUCAAACUCAACCCGCCAAAUAAGGAUAGAAUCUUGCAAGCAAUGCCUUGGAACCCGAUAGGUAUGGUUGUGGGUGUGGCGAUGGGCAUUUUGGUAGGCAUUUUGAUACAUCUCAUUGCGAGGUAUACGGGGCAGAAUUGGAUGAACGCUCUUAUGAUGCUUCCUGGCAUCUGGAGGUUUUGUCGGGGACGGGAGAUGAUCCCCAAGAUUCGUUGGAGGAGGUCACUUUGA